UGCCGUCUGAGAACCUGCCUUCAGUGGUUCAGCCUGGUGCCUCGGCACCCACACUUCAGCCUGAGGUCUGUACCCAGCCGGAUGCCUCCUGAUGCCUCUCUUCAGCCUGAUGCCUCUCUUCAGCCUGAUGCCUCUACUCAGCCUGAUGCCUCUACUCAGCCUGAUGCCUCUACUCAGCCUGAUGCCUCCACUCAGCCUGAUGCCUCCACUCAGCCUGGCCAGUUGACUCGAUGCCCGCUGUUGAUCCAGAUGAUCCGGUACCUGAUCCGGUGCCCGCUGUCGAGCCAGACGAUCCAAUGCCUGGUGACCCGGUGCCCACUGUCGUGCCAAUUGACUCAGAGCCCACUGUCGUGCCUGAUGACGCGGUGCCCGCUGUUGAGCCAAAUGACCUGAUGCCUGACGAUCCAUUGUCUGACCCAGUGCCAGCGGUCAUGCCAGUUGACUCGGAGCCCACUGUCGUGCCUGGUGACCCGGUGCCUGUCGCUCCGCCUGGGGGUCCGGCGCCCGCCCGCUCCGCCUGGGGGCCCGAGACCUGUCGCUCCGCCUGGGGGUCCGAGACCUGUCGCUUCGCCUGGGGGUCCGGCGCCCGCCGCUCCGUCUGGGGGCCCGAGACCUGUCGUUCCGCCUGGGGGUCCGGCGCCUGCCGCUCCGCUUGGGGGCCCGAGACCUGUCGCUCCGCCUGGGGGUCCCGGCGCCCG